AGACUUCAGCAGGUGUGUGUGUGUGUGUGUGUGUGUGUGUGGACUGAAUGAGCUUAUUCACACUGCAACACAAAUAACACGCCAGAGGGGUGUUACCGCUGGACAGACGUGCAGCAUGUCGGAUUGUCUGCUUUUGUCCUCUUGUAUGAGCAUUUCUCACCUGCACUCAGUCAUAUAGAGCUGGAAGUGUGUGUAAGACUCUCCUGAGAAGCUGCAGAAGGUGUUUUAUUUCCCCAAGGACAGAGAUCUGGUGUGGAAGCUCACAAUGACUGAGCAGAGCUACUCCAGUCUGGAUGAAAGCUCACUUCAGAAACUGCUGGAUGGCACCGUGGAUAUGACAGAGCGCCGACUCAUACGGUCAGCGAUUCGAGAUCUGCGUCACCGUGAGAUUCAAGAUAUGGAGGCUGCACUGACCAACAAGAGAUUCAGACGGGCCCAGGAGCACAGACAUGACAAUAAAGAAAAUCAGCAUCGGCCUGAUUUGGCAGCAUCCUUGGACAUGCUUUCGAAGAAGCUUCAGGAUGUUCAGAACAUUGACGAGCUCUCUGCAAUGUUGCAUAGUAGCACUGAGUACGAAGAGAGGAAGCUCAUCCGUGCAGCCAUUCGCAGACUGAGAGAUGAGGAGAUAGAGGCAGGUGCAUUAGAGAAGAUUCAUUUAACCGGUCAUCAGAUGGAGAAGCAACAAAAGCCUCAAAGAAGCUUGGACUUGGAGGAUACACCGAAGGAAAUCGUGGAUAAGUCUGAACGGGUUGAGAAACUCCACAGCCAGACCCUGAGUAAAGAGGCCCCUAGAACAGUCUCUAACUCUGACAUGGUGUUGGUGUUAGACCCGCUCCAGGAGAAGGUGUCCUGCCCCCUGAGCUCCCGCUCUGAGCUCGACUCUCCUGCCUCCGAUGUCAUCCCUCGCUACCGGACCCACUCCGAUUCCAGCGCCUCGGCGCGCAGUCACGGCUCCCACAACUGCUCCAGAGUGUGCGCUUCGGAGCAAGUGGAUGAGAGACCCGAUGGAUCCUCGCUAAACUUGGCUAAUGAAGUUGACACUCAUGAGAAGAUAGUUGACUUCAAUAUUCCCCCGCAUGACAACGGCGAAGACGUGCACGAUGGGGCUGUGAACUCCAUACAGAGACGUCGUGCCAUCAGGAACCCACCCGGAGACGGUGCGCUGAAGCAGAAGGACUCAUCCAGCACGAACGCUUCACUGUUUCCUGUUAGAAAUGAUGCAGCAUUUGCAAACAAAACGCUGUCCUAUUCACCAUUCAGCCGAGCUGGUUCAGUGCGUGACAGAGUGCUCAAAUUUACAGAACCUACAGCUGAAAAAAGGAGCAUGCCGAGAAGCAUCGUCCCUUCUGCUAACACACUCGGUGCAUCUCUGCCUGCUUCAGCGCACUCUGAGUCCAAAGAUAACUCUCAGGACAUGUCUUCAUCCCAUCCUUCCUUCUCACUGUCCACCUCUCCAGACAGAGGGGUAAACCUCGACCAAUCACAGCGAGCGGUAGGCGGGCCCCAGAGCACUACUGAAGAUGUCAGGAGUGCUUCUUGCAGCUCAGAAGAGGGUGAGACUCCCAGGAGAACAGCUUCUGCAGAAACACAGGAAGAUCCUCAGUCUAACAUGAAGGCCUUCCUGACCAUCGAGAUCAAAGACGGGAGAACUUCAGCCACCCAGACUUCAUCAUCAUCGUCUUCAUCCACGUCAUUGUCCGGAGCCAUGCCACGGAUCCUUACAGGCUCUGCUGCUCAGAGAGCAGAGCUAACACUUGGUCUGAGAGCAACACCAUUCAAGCUGACCAGCUCCAGCCUGUCGACAGGAUCCUGCCUCAAGAUGGAUACAGAACCUUUAUUUUCAAUCGAACCUGCUCUCCAGACAGCCAGCGAGACUUCACUAAUUCAGAACGGUUCAUCAGUCACCCAGCUGAAGAGAGACGCCCACAGUGUCACGAGCAGCAGCGACACACUCACCUCUGAACAGCUCGAGGCCAUUGAGGAUGAGGAAAUCCUGGACAAAAUGCUUGAUGACUCUAAAGAUUUUGAGGAGAGAAAGAUGAUUCGAGCAGCCUUGAGAGAACUCCGAAAGAAAAAAAGAGAGGCCAGGUUGGGAUGUUCCCAGGAGGAGCUCGACCAAAGGGAAAAGGAGAGAGAUCUGCGUCUGCAGGAACUGAGGCAGCAGAGAGAUGACCGAGCGCAGAAGAAUCGGCCGGGCGCAGGAGAGGUGGUGGUGAAGAAGGUCGAGAAGUCGGCCGACGGCUCCACCAUGAGCGAAAUUACCAAAAGCAACCGCUUCGCGCAAUCAGAUGAUGGCAGCAGGAUGACCCGCAUCAUGGAAACAACUUAUACACAGAAGUCCGACAGAGGGACCAUGCAGACAAAGUCCUACAGCUACUCCUCAUCUUCCUCCAGUACAAACAAGAAGAUCGGAAGUGUGUUUGAUCGUGAAGACGACACCUCGCGCAGCGGAGGCAGUUUAGCAGCGCUGGAGCGCAGACAAGCCGAGCGUAAAAAGGAGAUCAUGAGGGCGCAGACGAUGCCUAAAAGCUCUGCCUCGCAGGCCCGGAAGGCCAUGAUGGAGAAGCUCGAUAAGGAUGGAGUCGGCAGCUCGCCAGUGGCCCAGGUGAAGGUCCAGCGCUCCACCAGCUUCGGUGUUCCCAAUGCUAACUCCAUUAAACAGAUGCUGCUGGACUGGUGCAGGGCGAAAACCCGCGACUAUGAUAACGUGGAAAUUCAGAACUUCUCCUCCAGCUGGAGUGACGGGAUGGCCUUCUGCGCUCUGGUGCAUAACUUCUUCCCAGACGCUUUCGACUACUCCACCCUCAGUCCUAGCAAUCGCAGACAGAACUUUGAGGUGGCCUUUAAAACCGCAGAGGCCUUUGCUAAUUGUAUGCCCCUGUUGGAAGUGGAGGACAUGAUGAUAAUGGGCAAGAAGCCUGACCCCAAGUGCGUCUUCACCUACGUGCAGUCGCUGGUCAAUCACCUGCGCAGAUACGAGAUGGCAUGUCGAGCACACUCGGACCUCUGAGCGCUCGAUGUACACCCUGGCAUCCGAGAACACCAGUUUUUUUUUGUUGUUGUUGUUUUUUUAGAAACUGCUUUUAAUCACCUUUUUUCCUCAUCAUGUCCCACCUACAACCAACCAAACAUUGCGCAGGAUCACAGCAUGUGGAUUAUUCCUAUAAUGCUGUAGAUCAUUUUAAAAAAGAUUGUUUAAAGCAAAUUUUGUUAAAAAAAAAUAGCAAUGAACAAAUGGCAAUAAAAAAAUUGCAUUACUGUAUUUGAAAUCCCAGAAAAGACACUUUUACUAUUAUGUUUAUUUCUCUACGUUUCUAUCAUUUUUUUAAAGGCUUGUAACGAUAUUCCGUGGUACUGUAGCUGUUCCGAUCUGCAUGCUUCACCUUUUGUUUACUUGGAUUCUUUUUCUUUUCUUUUAAUUUAACCCAAUUAGUCCUAGGCCACAGGUGACUGGAGUUGAGGACAGGAUUUCUCACCGCUGUGUGUUUUAACAGCACCUCUCCAUGAGGAAACAUUUUUUUUUUCUUUUUCUUCUUUUUUUACAAACCAUGCCUGGUCUGAUAGUUUAAAACCCAUGUUCUCGUCCUGCUGAUUUAAAGCAGACUCUCUAGUAAAAUGUUCAUUAAUCCGAGGACUGGCUUCCACUCCAUAGUAGGAGAGGAACUGUUUAGCACGGGGCACACGCAAAGCAACACAUUACAUACCACACGCACACAACACACUGCAGCAGCGUCUUCCUGAAAUUCAUGCUUUAUUUUAUCAAUUUUAGUUUAUUGUAUUCUUUUUAUUAUGUUUCAUAAAGUAUGCUUUAAAGAAGAUAAUUUGAAAAAAAAAAAAAGACAAACGGCUCAUCCAUCACGUCAUUCUGGUUACUGAGGAAGACUGUUUCAGCCAUGUACAUCCUGGGUCCAACACUUUAUUUUUAUUUAUGAAUUAUGUUUACCAGGAGAGUGCAAAGCUGUUUUAUAUAUAUUUAUAUAUAUAUAUAUUUGAGCAAGUUUGUAACUAUUGGCUGCAGAUAAUUUUAUUUAAACGUAUCACACAGAUUUACAGGGCAGCGUUAAUGCUGUAUUCAUUUUAUAUAUAGCUGAUUCAUUUAAUGUGCCAAUAAGAUGUCAUUCUGUUAGCUAGUAUUUAACAUUAACAUUUAUACAAACUGUUUUCGAAAUACUGUAAUGUUUUUGUAGUAAUUUUCCGACACGAACACCAUGCUGUAGAUUGUGCACUAACAUGCAGGAGAGAAUCUUGUGGUGUGAAUUUUAUCCAAACUUUAAAAAAAAAAAUUUUACCCCCUCUUUUGCUUGUCUUGUGCCUUGUUUUUUCCCUCUCCGACCCACAGUGGAGAUCUGAAGCGGCAUCUUCUUACUAAACAGUGUUAUUACUGAUGAGCUUUUUAAGGAGAAUAGCGGCAGACUCGUGUGUAGAUAUUACACAAGUAAUUAACUCGAACACGCUGUAUAUGUGUAGAAAAAUAGUUCAUAGUCUAUGAUCAUUUUGUUCUUGAUGCGGUUUUACUUAUUUGCACAGAGCAACAUUGUUCACUCAGCAUUUCUGUUCACUGCAAAUUAACAUGAAGUAUGAUAUUAAAACCUUU